ACUAAACACUAAAAACAAAAUAAAUAAAUUCACUAGAGAAAAGCUCAUAGCCACAGCUGCAAAUUUAUAUGGAUGACCCCCGUCUACAACCAUACACUCACUCAUGCUUAUGAAAACUCUCAUGGCUUCUCUGCAAUGGCUAAAGGAAAGCUUCCAACCCUUCAUGUUACCCUUUGCAUCCAUUUUCCUAGCGGUGUUGCUCAGGUUUUUCUUCAAGGAGAAGUCAAGGAAAAGAUCCAACCUCCCACCAAGCCCUCCAAAGCUGCCCAUCAUUGGAAACCUUCACCAGCUUGGCAACAUGCCUCAUCUCUCUCUCCAUAACCUAGCAAAGAAGUAUGGUUCAAUAAUUUUCUUACAACUUGGUGAGAUCCCAACAGUGGUAGUUUCAUCGGCUGGACUGGCCAAGGAAGUAAUGAAAACCCAUGAUCUUGCGCUGUCGAGUCGUCCACAAAUCUUUUCUGCAAAACAUCUUUUCUACAAUUGCACCGAUGUUGUCUUCUCCCCCUAUGGUGCUUAUUGGAGGCAUAUUCGAAAAAUAUGCAUACUUGAACUACUUAGUGUCAGAAGAGUUCAAUCAUAUAGCUUUGUUAGAGAAGAAGAAGUAGCUCGUUUGGUUCGUCGAGUUGCAGAGUUCUAUCCUGGCACCACCGAUCUAACCAAGAUCCUUGGACUAUACGCAAAUGAUGUUCUUUGUCGGGUUGCAUUCGGAAGGGAUUUCUCGGGAGGAGGAGAAUACGAUCAGCAUGGGUUCCAAAAUAUGCUGGAGGAGUAUCAGGAAUUGCUUGGAGGGUUUAGCCUUGGAGAUUUCUUCCCUUCCAUGGAAUUUGUACACAGCUUAACGGGCAUGAAAUCCAGACUUCAAGAUACUUUUCGACGCUUUGAUAAACUUUUCGACUUGUUUUUGACUGAACAUCGUGAUCCCAAAAGGGAGACAGAGGAGCACAAGGACCUUGUGGAUGUGUUACUCGAUCUACAAAAGAAUGAAUAUGAUGAAAUUCCACUUACCACAGACAACAUAAAGGCUAUAAUCUUGGAUAUGUUUGCUGCUGGAACUGAUACAACGUUCAUCACCCUUGACUGGGGAAUGACGGAGCUUAUCAUGAACCCUAAAGUCAUGGAAAGAGCACAAGCCGAAUUACGAAGCGUAGUCAGAGAUAGAGAAGUUGUUUUGCAAAGUGAUCUACCCCAGUUGCACUACAUUAAAGCUGUCAUCAAAGAAAUCUUUCGGCUGCAUCCUCCUGCUCCAGUAUUAGUUCCUAGAGAAUCCAUGGAAGAUGUUAGUAUUGAUGGCUACAAUAUUCCAUCCAAAACACGUUUUUUCGUCAAUGCCUGGGCAAUAGGCAGAGACCCAGAAUCUUGGGAAAAUCCAAAUGCAUUUGAACCAGAAAGAUUUAUGGAUAGCACUAUCGACUUCAAGGGGCAGCAUUUCGAGUUAAUACCUUUCGGCGCUGGACGAAGAAGUUGCCCAGCUAUAGCAUUUGGAGAAGCAACUAUUGAGCUCGCUCUAGCUCAACUUCUCCACAGCUUUGAUUGGGAGCUUCCUCCUGGCACUUCACCUAAAGAUCUGGAUAUGUCAGAAGUUUUCGGCAUUACAAUGCAUAGGAUAGCACAUCUACUCGUCAUUGCCAAACCGCGCUUUCCAGUUGGACAAAACAAAUGACGAUACUUGAUCAACGGCUGUCCCAUGGAGCAUUUUCGAAUAAGGAACUCUGAUGUUUUUAUUUGAAUUUUCGGAUAAAGACAUCUAAUGUUUAAUGUCAAUUGAGAAUCUUCAACUCUGUCUGCAUAUUUUAGGGAUAACCAAUCUCCCAAAUAGGUAUAUAGGUGUGUUUGUAUGUGUAAUGUUUUAAUCUCAAAUAAUAAUCUACCUAUCCUUUGCCUA